AUGCAAUUCUACCAGAAUGCCUACCUCGCUGCUGCGACUGCAUGCACCCUCAUCUCCCCAUGCCUCUCUAUUCCUGUCCAACCGCCCAUCACAAACACAUCGGCACUUCCACUCCACUAUGGCCUCGUCAUCUUCCCCCACUUCCAAGCCCUCGACAUCUUCGGCCCCAUGGACCUCGUCAACUCGCUCUUCAUGACCUACCGCAACAAAACAGCAGAGCCCCAUCUCUCCAUCCUCAGCCGAACCAUGGACCCGGUAUCCUCAGCCAUGAUGCCCGGCGGCUUCGGCGAAGCAAUCCUACCCACAACAACAUUCAACCAGUACCUAUCCGCCCACGCACCUGCCAAUGAUACCGCCUCGUCUGCCGACGGCAAGCCCGACAUCGACGUCCUAAUCGUCCCCGGCGGCGGCGGCACCCGCAACGACAUGAGCGAGGAAAUCGCCUUCAUAGCCUCCACCUUCCCACGCCUCAAGUACAUCAUUUCCAUCUGCACGGGCGCCUCGCUACUGUCGCGCGCAGGCGUCCUGGAAGGUCGUCGCGCAACUACCAACAAACGCAGCUGGGCGUGGGCGACAUCACACGGCAAAAAUAUCACGUGGGUCCCUACUGCGCGCUGGGUCCAAGACGGCAAUGUGUGGUCCAGUAGUGGGGUGUCGGCGGGCAUAGAUGCCAUGUAUGCAUUUGUUGGCGCUGUGUAUGGCGAGGACGUGGCUACGUUUAUGAGUCUGAACCUCGAGUAUACCAGGGAGUUGCACUGGAACGAGGAUCCGUUUGCAGCGGUUUGGGAUGUCCCUGGUGCGAAGUAG